CUUGCCUUAACAUUUCAUUCACAAUGCAGAAUCCAUCAAUUUUAUGGAAACUCGCUUGCUUCUCCCUGUAAACCUUUUAGAAUGAGUAGCAAUGAAAUGUUCGACGAUUAUACACCAAAAAAGAAGGCCAAAAGCAGAGCCUAUUCCUUGUGCUGGAACUCCAAAGCAAACAUCGGGUUUCCUGGCGUUUUUCUCUUCUGUUGUUUAUUCUUCCUUGCUGGUUUCUUUGCUUCCAACCUUCUUUCUCAGAAAGAGGUUUCUGGAGCAAGGCAGAGAGGGAGGAGGCUCGAGUCACUGGACUAUGACUUGAUGGCACAUGGAGAAACCGGAGAUGAUUCUGUUUCUGUCAUUCCUUUUCAGGUUAUAAGCUGGGGGCCGCGUGCCUUCUAUUUUCCCAACUUUGCAACUCCAGCGCAAUGCCAACACAUAAUUGACAUGGCAAAACCAAAACUUGAACCAUCAACGGUGCUUUUAGCAAAGGGAGAAACCCAGCAGCCAAAUGAUGUUAGAACAAGUAUGGGUACAUUUCUCAGUGCUUAUGAAGAUGAGACUGGGGUUUUGGAUGACAUUGAGGAAAAGAUUGCAAAGGCAACGAAGCUACCAAGAGUUAACUACGAGGCAUUCAAUGUCUUGCGCUAUGGAGUAGGACAGAAAUAUGAUUCGCAUUAUGAUGUGUUUGAUCCUGAGCGGUAUGGCCCUCAAAAGAGCCAAAGGGUUGCAACCUUCUUGCUGUACUUAUCAGAUGUUGAAGGAGGAGGGGAAACCGCAUUUCCAUUUGAGGAUGGCUUGAAUAUGGAUGAAAAUUAUGAUGUCAAAAAAUGUAUUGGCCUGAAAGCAAAGCCUAGCCUAGGAGAUGGACUUCUAUUUUAUUCAUUGUUCCCCAAUAAUUCGAUCGAUCCAACAUCAACUCAUGGGAGCUGUCCAGUAAUCAAAGGGGCAAAAUGGGUGGCUACAAAGUGGAUCAGAGAUCAGCAAGACUUUUAGAUUGCCUGUAAUACAUAUGGCUAGGUGCUUGAUUCACAAGUUUUGCUUAGAUUUGUAUUUGGCAUCCCCAUUACUCUCAACUCAAUAAAAGUUUCUUUUUUCCAUAAAGGAUAAAAUCCUCUCACCCUUGUAAAUAUUGACAAAGGGAGAAUUAAUUGAUACAGAUUUCAGAUGUGUACAAAUGUAAUAGCAUACCAAAUUUCCCACUCCUUA